AUGGUGCCUCAUCCUUUGGGUGCGCCCACUCUCCGAGCGACCCACGAGACCGAGCCACCCUUCCCCGGAGCUUCGGACCGCGAAGUGCCCAGCGCCUUGUCCGCCCCGCCUAGCCCCACACUUAUGCUCCGGGACUGCGGGGAAGCCGAAGGAGGCGGCUGCCGAGGGGCAGCCAGGAAACUCCGGGCGCGGCGCGGGGGGCGCAGCCGGCCCAAGAGCGAGCUGGCGCUGAGCAAGCAGCGGCGGAGUCGGCGCAAGAAAGCCAACGACCGCGAGCGCAAUCGCAUGCACAACCUCAACUCCGCGCUGGACGCGCUGCGCGGAGUCCUGCCCACGUUCCCCGACGACGCGAAGCUCACCAAGAUCGAGACGCUGCGCUUCGCCCACAACUACAUCUGGGCGCUGACGCAGGCGCUGCGCAUAGCCGACCACAGCUUCUACGGGCCAGAGCCGCCGGUGCUGCCCUCUGCGGAGCUGGGCAGCCCUGACGGCGGCUCCCCCGCGGACUGGGGCUCUCUCUAUUCUCCAGUCUCCCAGGCUGGCAGUCUGAGCCCCGCCGCCUCGCCGGAGGAGCGCACCGGGCUUCAGGUGCCCAGCUCCCCUGCCUGUCUGCGCCCAGGCGCCCUGGCUUUCUCAGACUUUCUGUGA